CUCCCCGGGCACCGCUCAGGGCUAGCAAGCGCGCGCCCCUCUCCCAAAGGCUCGCGCGCCGGGGACCCAGCUGAAGUCCCGCCCGAGGCGUGGAGGGGAGACGAUGCGCCGCGACUCGGGGCAGGCCCGUCUCGACAGGUCUCACGGUUCCCAUCGCUCUCUCUUCCUCAGAAGUCGGCUGGCUGGUUUCUUUCCAGCACCUCCAUGUCCCACACAGCGGCCAGACACGGCCUCAGAUCCAAGUGUGUUUGGGCCACACCUGGAAGUGCUCAGGGGCUACUCCUGGCUCUGUGCUUAAGUGUGAUCCCUGGCGGUGCUCCGGGAGCCAUAUGUGGUGUCGGGAUCGAGCCGGGUUGGAGAGAGUGGGCGCUCCGUGAGGCUAUGUCCUGCCAGGCUCAGAACAGCACCCGAGAGGCAGCGGGUCCAUGGUCAAUCCUGGCAACACCAGUGAGUGGAAGAAAAUGAUGUGGGAACUCCAGAUUCUGCAGUGGGCGUCAGGCCCGAGCCUCCCGGCACUCUGCCCCCUCAACAUGUGUGACCUUCCGUGAGUGACCUGACCUCCUUGCUCACAAAGCAAAGAUGGGAAGCGCAACAGUCCGCGCUGCUCUGGCUCCACAGAGGGGUGUUUCCUCCUCGCCGCCCCCCCUCCUCCUCUGCCACUCACCCUCCCUGGGGACCCAGCCCCGCUCUGUCACAGUGAUGUCACAGCGCCCCUGUCUGGGGGCUGCAGCACACACAAGCUGAUCCGCAGUCUGAGCACUGGCUGGCUGGACAGCAGGGCAGGGCGCAGGCAGCAGCAGCUCCAGGCCUUGCUCCAUCUGUUUUGAGACCCCGAUCCCCCAGCAUGAGUCACUCCGCAAAGAGGCUCAAGCCUGGAGGGGUUGCCAAGGUGGGACUUGGGCCUGGGCCGUGAGGGGGGGCUUGGCGGAGGGCCUGGCUGUGCCUGGGCAGCCGGGCGGGGAGAGACACGGCGAAGGGUGAAGGGAGAUCAAGAGAGUCUAGAACGGUCUUCUCGUUCCUGCCCUCCCCCCUGCCGAGGCAAGAUGACCAAACUCUCCCUCGAGGGCUGGCCAACCAUGCCAAACGGAGAGGGAUGGUGGAGGCGUUGCGGGACGUUCCACCUGUGUGGCAUUCCCUCUCUGUCUCUGUCUCUGUCUCUCUCUCCCUCCGCCCCCUCUCUCAGAUGCAAGACAAGGCACUCCAGAGCAAGACACCGCAGCCUGUCAGAAAAACGAUCAAGCGGAACCGUCUUAAAGUGGUGUUAAAAAACUUGUCACUCUUGAAGCUCCUCAAGAGCCCCAACCGCCGGAUCCAAGAACUGUAUAGCCUGGCCAAAGCCUGUUGGACCUCGCUGCUCAGAGUGCCAGGGGUCCUCCCGACGUCCCCUCGGAAUACUAAGCUCUGCAAGAUGGUGAAACAGCACGACCAGGAGCUCCAGAAGGCCGGGAGCUCCCAGAGCGGACAGAAGCCGGAGAACAUUGAGACCAAAGAAGAGCCCGUGGGGAGCAAGAGGUCGGUGCCCGCACUGAGGCUGAGAGAAAACCAGACCAAGUGGCCGGGAGUAGCGAAGCUGCAAGAACAAGUGGAACCCGAGAGCCCAGAGGCCUUGCAGGGCCCAAGCCGGAGUGCCUGGCCCUGUGGGGGCCCCACGGGGCCACUUCCCACCGGGGAGCCCCCCGCUGUCUUCCUGAAGACCCUGCAGCACAGAACGCCCCUGGGGGCCGUGGAGAGCCAGUCGCUGUGGUUUGAGGGGCUGCCCACGCGGAUCCUCGUGCCCAAGCCCCGGGUGCUGUGCAGGCCCUCUCAGUGGCGCUGGGUCAACCGCUGCUGCACCCGCUCCUGUUCCUUUAAGCUGCGCGUGUACCGUCCACACGGGGUGGCGUGAGCCCGAGGACCCGCAGGCAGCGAGCGCGGAGCGGAUGCGGAUGCGGAUGCGGCCGGCGCGGAGCGGGAGGGAAGAAAGGGCGGGGAUGUUCGUAAGACUGCAGAUGAAUAAAUAGGGCACGGACGACGCGACGGCUGCCUCUGCCCUGUGUGUCUGG